GUUUUUCACGAUGGGCGGAGCCAACAAGCCCGAUGCGCUCGGCAACAAGAUGCGCAUGACCCUGGGUCUGCCCAUGUCCGCGGUGAUGAACUGCGCCGACAACAGCGGCGCCAAGAACCUGUUCAUCAUCUCCGUGAUCAACAUCAAGGGCCGGCUGAACAAGCUGCCCAGCGCGUGCCCCGGCGACCUCGUCAUGGCGACGUGCAAGAAGGGCAAGCCCGAGCUGCGGAAAAAGGUCAUGCCGGCCGUCGUCAUCCGCCAGCGCAAGCCCUGGCGCAGAAAGGAGGGCCUCAUCAUCUACUUCGAGGACAACGCGGCCGUCAUCGUCAACAACAAGGGCGAGAUGAAGGGCUCGGCGAUCAACGGCCCCGUCGCCAAGGAGUGCGCCGACCUCUGGCCGCGCAUCGCCUCCAACGCGGGCUCCAUCCUCUAAGGCGCGGCCGACGGUCCGUGCGCGUGUGGCCGCGCCGGCCGCCGCGAGUUCUCGCGGCGGGCGGCACGGCCGGGCGGGCGCUCCUUCGGAGCUCCGCGCGCGCAAACUCCGCUCACAACCAACCAACCACCUAUAACCACGACUUUACCCUCG